AUGCCUGAAGGUCGCGCGUUGCUUGGUUACCAGUUGCGCUACCGUGCUCGGCCUCAAGCACGUGACACCGCGGGGAAAGACACCGGGGCGGCUAGUAGUACACAGACAUUGUCCAUCGGUCCGGAGGUGACGGACUAUUAUCUGAAAGGACUAGAACCGAGCACGCAUUACUACAUCAGUCUGGCAGGGCGUACCGCAAGCGGACAAGGUGUGGCCGCACAAAUUGAAGUUGCCACAAAGGAUUACCUAUUUGAAUUGCCCGUCCCCAAAGGAGUGCAUUUGCGUACGCUUACAUCAAACAGUGCAAAGUUAUGCUGGGAGCCACCGGAACUGCCCCGUUUGGCCGGGUCGUUGGUUGGUUAUGAAUUGUUGUUCGGUUUGUCUGAUCGACAACCGAAUAACCUGAGCCCCGCAAAUGCCACCGGAGUGAUUCCUUUGCCCCAAUCCAUUUGCUGUUGCUUCACCAUGCUCCAUUUGAGCCCAGCUACAGACUAUCGGGUUUGGCUUCGACUCACGCUCCAACCCAAUCAAGACACCAUCAGUUUGAGUGAUCGAGAACAAACACAAACCUGGGUGACAAGCGCUUCGGAGCGCAUUGUCGGCCCGGUAUCCGAACCACAAGCGUUUCGUACACUGACUACAAUCCCGGACAUGCCACAAGGUAGAAAAAUAUUGGUUCUGGGACCACAUACCAUUCAGAUCACUUGGAAUGGACCAAAGAAGCGACAGUCUGAAGUGCGGCACUACAAACUGACAUGGAAGUGUCUCGAUUGUCCCCCCACGGAAGCCACAGAAACUGGCUCCAGUGUCGAUACCCAAGCGUUAUCACGUGAUACGUCACGGCAAGGUCAGCGCAAGGUGUUGGCCAAUGAAGGCGAUCCACCAAGUCAGUUGUACACAGCCACCGUGGGAGAUUUACUACCCGACUCGUCGUAUCAAGUCACUUUGGCAGCCGCAAAUAGUCGAGGCAUUGGACAGGAGUUCCUCUACCCAGUUAUACGAACUAGACACCCGGCCCCGAUGAAACCACUGAACCUAUAUUUGGUAAGUAUACACAAACGGCCUCGACCGCAGUCUGUACAACCGAGUCAUUUGACCUAUCACAGUGUCGGAGAACAGUCGUACCUGUCAGUCGAGCUCGCCUGGGAUCCACCAGAAGGUUUACGAACUAGUCAGCAGGUCACCUAUCAAGUUUAUACUCAGCUGAUUGGUCCGGAAGAUCUGGUGGCCGAAUUGUCCACUCAGCCGGGACUGGAGCCCGGCAACGUCAACCCAUCUAUGAUUGCAGGUGACCAAUACCCGGGUUCAAACAUGCUUUUGCCUGCACCUCUGCGACGUCGUCUUUUGGCGAACGUAACGGGGAAUACAUUCCGAUCCUCCGAGAGUGAUGAUAUUGGUUACGGCGCCACUUAUCGGUUCGAGGUGUCUCUGCUGAAUAACUCGCUCAGUGGACCGGCUGCCACACUCAACGUGACGACGCCAGAUGCAGCUCCUUCAACAAGUCCGCUUCACGUAAGACUGAGUGGUCUUUCGUCAAGCGCGGUAGAAGUGAGUUGGGCUCCACCGCCGGUUCAGUAUCGGAAUGGGCGUAUCACCGGCUAUCAAGUUCGAUAUUUCGAAGUCGGAGCAGAGACACAAACGGAGACGAUGGCUAAAGUGACUGUGCCCGGACAACGGCAAUACACGGCCAAGGAUUUGAAAGAGAAAACGUUCUAUACAUUCAUGGUUCGUGCGUUCACCUCCGCUGGGCCUGGUCCAUGGUCUGGGGCUAGCAAUAUUCGAACCAGCGUAGAACUUCCUCCACCUCCGCUCGAUAUCCGAGCAAGCCGUAUCAAUCAACAUCAGAUCAAGGUCACCUGGCGAAUACCGACCGGUGAGGAACUGGGUCCCGGUGCUCGGCAUCUUUCCAUUCUGGGAUUUCGUGUCCUCUAUUCGGCCAACAACAACCCGUACGAGGCCGGUCAAUGGACGUCAUUCGACGUGGGACCAGUCAAUAUGGCUAUCAUAAGUCAUUUGGAGAGCAAAACCAGUUAUGUGAUCUGUAUCAAAUCUCGCGGGCAGGAUGGUCGUUAUGGAGAUUGCAGCCAGCCGGUGAUCAGCCGCACAGUUAGUACAGGGAGCGAAUCAGACUUUUCCGUUCGAAAUCUACUCUGUACGGGUGACGCAACAAACGUGAAAGUGACAUGGCAACAACCGAUCCGGACGAAACAACUGGAGGGGUUCAAGGUGAGCACCGUUUUUUUAUUUAUCGAGUGA